CCCAAAACAAAAAUUAAAUAUCAGAAACCAUUUUUUGUGCAUUUAGAAGUAAUAUGCACAUGAGCAAACUUUCUAGUCUUGCAUCAGGCACUGAAGAAAUCCUUCACACUCACAGAAAGAUUCAAUAGUGAGGAAGAAAUCAAAGACAAACGAAACCCUAAUGCUAUUUCAUCGUUUGAAUUGAGCUUUGUGAGAGUAAAAUUUACCUGAUACACAAAAACAUUUACUCUAUCAAUCAAACUUGUAUGAAAUAUAAAACUAUUUAAUGCUUUAAUACUAAUAGCAACAAGGCCUAAAAACCAUCAGUGGAAAAUUAUUAGUAGCUGAAAAGGAUUCAAAAAUACAUCAAUCGCUGAAAGCCUUCCUGAAUCGCUUACAAUUUACAACUACAAAUAGUUUUAUCGGCUCAAAGUCUUGGGCAACUUACCGCAUCAUUUUCUAGAAGUACCAUCUUUGUUAGUAUUCCUUUCCUCGAAUGAAAGGAAAGAAGACGUAUGGUGCUUACAGCCUCGUACCGGGCUCGAGAUCAAAAGAACUCUGAAUAUUUUCAAAAUGGCGACUGUUCUCUUUGCGACUGGAGAACAAGCCCCAACACAAUUGCGUUCAGAACUUUCAAUUCUGAAUCGAAUUAGCGAUGAAGAAUUUCAAACACUGAUAGAUAUAGUUUUCAAUUUCCUUCUCGCUUCAAAGCAGCCUGAAGUCGUUCUUGAAAGGCUCGCGGAAUUGUCUGGAGAAAUUGGAAUCGGAAUUGGAGCAUUGAAGAACUCAGUUCGUUCCUUGCUUUCUUUGCUUAAAGCGUGUGGAAGCCGAGGAGUUACAUCUAAGAACCUCAAGCAAGACUUGGAACAGCUAGGUUUGGAAGAAAGCAAAUAUACACUUAUUUGUGAUAAGUGGACUGCCAAUUAUAUUGCAAUAUGUCGAUCUAUGGUUGGAAUAACAUUUAUGAUCAACCAGCUUGUUGACAUGGAAUGGAAAUUUGGUGUCACUUCUGCAAGUAGUGAAAUUAAAAAAGUUGGGAAUUCAUUCCUACAGUUGAAGCUUGUGGUCAACAAAGGGAACGAUGAAAUGGAGGACAUAUUCAUGGAGCUUAGUCUUCCACAGUUUUAUAUGUUUCUUCAUGAGAUGGAGAAGGCAAAAGCAAAUUUAGAUUUGCUUUCGUGAGGUUUUGGUUUAAAAUUUAAUGAGAUAUUCUAGUAUAAGCAAUAUCUUCUCAAUCAACUAUUUAAGAAUGAAGUUGCAAAGGACCAUGCUACAUUAUUUGAUCAUCUUAUAGUAGAAAUCAAGAUUUUUGACUAAAAUUUAUGUUUGCACCUACGCUGAACUUGAAACUAUUUGCUUGCAUAUCUCUUGCAUGUUUUUGGUUUUUUACGCACAUGCAGAAUAUCCCAUAAAAACAGAGUUUCACUGGUUCCCAAUGACAAAAAGUUACAUUAUUAAAUUGAUAAGUAGAAUAGCAAUAGAAAUAGAUAUGUGUUGAAUCAUCUGGGGAAUCAACAAUCCAUGUAAUGACUGAAAUCAUUGAAAUCUCUGCCAGUUUAAGGUAGCCAAAUGUAACUUUCCUUCACAUGUCAUGGUGAGCUGUGAAUGACCCUUCUAAACUAGACACUGCUCUGCUGCAAGUUUCAUUCAUUCUUUUGAUUUGAUUGCCAUGUAUAUAUUAUGAAUUUAAGAUCAUUAUCAACUAUAAUUUGAAAUAAUUUAUUUUUGUCAAAAAGCAGUCCUCUUGUUUGAGAUUAUUUUAUAUUGAAAA